AUGCUCCAGUGUUCCGCCCCAACAGCCACCGCCACUCCGCCAGCAAGUGAAGCCUGCCGCCUCCCUCGCCUCCACACCACCAAAGCCCUAAGCCCCAACCCGCACCGGCCGCCGACGUCGCUCUUCGCCGCCAUGGCCGGCACCGUCGACGUCGAACAGCCCCAGCACGGCGUCCCCGGCGGCUCCCGGCGCGUCUACACGCCGCGCCAGCCGGAGGGCCUCAACCUCCUCUCCGCCCGCGUGCUGUACGACCUGCCGACCUCGCCGGAGUGCCUCUUCGAGCCCCGCCAGGGCCGCUCCUGGGGCGACAGCCUCUGCUUCUACGCCGGCUGCGCGUACCUCUCCGGCGCGGCGGCGGGGACCGUCGCGGGGCUCAGGCGCGCGGCCAAGGAGGCGGAGCGUGGCGAGUCGCUCAAGCUCCGCACCAGCCGCGUGCUCAACCAGUGCGGCUCCGUGGGGCGCCAGUACGGCAACCGUGCCGGCGUCGUCGCGGUGCUCUUCGCGUCGGUGGAGACCGGCGUUGGUUGGCUCCGCGACAGGGACGACUGGCGCAACACCGUCGCCGCGGGGCUCGGAACCGGCCUGCUCUACCGUGCACCUUCGGGCCCGCGAUCCGCGAUCGUCGGCGCCCUGCUCGGGGGUCUCAUGGCUGGUGCCGCCGUCGCAGGGAAGCAGGAGCUCGAGAGGUACGACUCUCCUAUGGCCGUCUAA